ACCAUCAUCAUUAUUAUUAUCAUCACUGUCAUUAUUAUCAUUAUCGCCAUUGAUUGUGAUAGAAAAUAUAAAAUCAUUAAAAACAUCAUUAAUCACGGGUUCAAUUCAAUCAUUAUUUACAUUAAAGGGAACAGCCGCAUCGGCAUCAUCAUCAUCAGCAUCUACAUCAAGAUCAUUGUUCCCAAAAAGAAAUUGUGGUAAAGUUUCAGCAACAACAUCAUCAAUUCGUGAUACAUUUUCAAAACAUUUUUAUUCAACAACAACAUCGACAACGACAAAAAUAAUGGCACCAAUCGAUAUGAAACAUGAUUAUGAUUAUGAUCUUAUUGUAAUUGGUGGUGGUUCAGGUGGCCUGGCUGCAAGUAAAGAAGCAGCAUCAUUAGGUAAAAAAGUUUGUAUGUUGGAUUUUGUUCAACCAACACCACAUGGUGUUACAUGGGGUGUUGGUGGUACUUGUGUUAAUGUUGGUUGUAUACCGAAAAAACUAAUGCAUCAUGCAUCAUUAAUUGGCGGUGAAAUUGAAGAUGCACAUUAUUUUGGUUGGCAAACAAAAAAUGGUGAACCAUUAAAAGAUAAUUUAAAACAUGAUUGGUCAACAUUGGUUAAUUAUGUACAAAAUAAUAUAAAAGGAUCGAAUUUUUCAUAUCGUGCAUUAUUAGCAACACAACAAGUAAAAUAUUUAAAUGCAUAUGGUACAUUUGUCGAGCCGAAUAAACUUCGUAUUGUUUAUAAAAAUAAAAAAGAAGAAUUUAUAACAUCAAAAAAUUUUAUUGUGGCUACUGGUGAACGACCAGUUUAUCCUAUUGAUUGUAAAGGUGCACUAAAAUAUUCAAUAACAUCAGAUGAUUUAUUUUCAUUAAAAUAUCCACCUGGUCGUACAUUAGUUGUUGGUGCAUCAUAUGUUGCGCUGGAAUGUGCUGGAUUUUUACGUGGUCUUGGUUAUGAUGUUACCGUUAUGGUUCGUUCAAUAGUAUUACGUGGUUUUGAUCGUCAAUGUUCGGAACAUGUUCGUAAUUAUAUGGAAAAUUAUGAACAUGUAAAAUUUAUUGAUCAUUGUGUUAUGAAACAAAUUGAUGAAUUAAAACCAAGUGAAAAUAAUGAACCACCAUUAUUACGUGCUACAUAUCGUAAUCUGGAUACAGAUGAAGAAAUGAUGGAUGAAUUUAAUACCAUUUUGUUUGCUAUUGGUAGAAAACCAUGUACAGAUAAAAUUGGUUUAGAUAUUGUUGGUGUUGAAAUGGAUACAAAAGGUUAUAUACCAACCAUAAAUGAACAAACAAAUGUGCCACACAUUUAUGCAAUUGGUGAUAUAUUACAAGGACGGCCACAAUUAACACCAGUUGCAAUUGAAGCUGGUAUAUUAUUAGCAAGAAGAUUAUUUACAGAUCAACAAAUAAAUUGUGAUUAUAUUAAUGUACCAACAACUGUAUUUACACCAUUGGAAUAUGGUUGUUGUGGUUAUACUGAAGAAGAAGCUAUUGAAAAAUUUGGUUUGGAUAAUAUUGAAGUUUAUCAUCAAUAUUUUACACCAACUGAAUGGAAAUUAAAUUAUUAUGAUCGUCCACGUAAACCAAUGAAUGUUUGUUAUGCCAAAGUUAUUACUACACGUUCGAAUGAUGGUGAUUCAAGAAAAGAAUUAUUACUUGGUUUUCAUUAUGUUGGACCAAAUGCAGGUGAAAUAAUACAAUUUACACCAUUUCCAUUAAAAAUGAAGGCAACAAAAGCUGAUCUUGAUUCAAUGAUCGGUAUACAUCCAACAUGUGCCGAAAUUUUUACAAUGUUACCAAUUAGUAAACGUAGUGGUAAAGAAGCAACACAACAAGGUUGUUGUGGUUAAAUAGCUAAAUAAUUAACUAAAUUAAUCCUUUAGUCUCCCCGAAAAUUGAUACAAUAAUGAUGAUGAUAAUUUGAUAAUUUAACUAAAA